GGCUAGUCUACAUAUAGGUCGUCUGAUUCUGAGAAAGGAAAGGCACUGCAGUUGAAGGAACAGGAAAGGAGACGGAGUCGCUAGCUGCUGAUGGCUGGCCGCGCUUGCUCCUGGCAAAGGCCGGCGCUGGCAUGGUUCUUCCACUCGCUGGCCUUUCUCGGCGCCGUAUACGCCGCGGCGUUCUUGUUCCGAUUCCUCGCCUACAUCGCGCUCUGCAUGCGCCGGCCGAAGGACCUCCGCCACAGGUACGGCGCGUGGGCCGUCGUUACCGGCCCGACGUCCGGCAUCGGGCGGUCCGUGGCCCUUGACCUCGCGCGCCGGGGCCUCAACCUCGUCCUCCUUGACCUCGACGCCGCCAAUCUCCGGGAGACCUCUGACAUGAUCAAGUCUCGCCACGCCGUGAAGACCAAGACCGUUGUGUUCGACCUCUCCCUCGUUGCCACCGCUCAAGGCGACGAGGCAAUGCGGCGGCUCCGGGAGGCCGUGGAGGGGUUGGACGUGGGGGUGCUGGUGAACAACGCCGGGGUGGCGAAGCCAUGCGCGUUGUACCUGCAUGAGGCCAACUUGGAGGCCUGGGUGAGGAUGAUGCGGGUGAACCUGUGGGCGCUGACGGAGGUGACGGCUGCGGUGCUGCCGGGGAUGGUGGAGCGCGGAAGGGGCGCCAUCGUCAACAUGGGCUCGGCCUCCUCGGAGGCCAUCCCCUCCUUCCCACUCUACACCAUGUACGCCGCCACCAAACGGUAUGUUGCUCGGUUCUCCAGGAGCCUUUACGUUGAGUACCGAAGCAAAGGUAUUGAUGUGCAGUGCCAGGCCCCGUUCUUCGUGGCGAGCAGGAUGGUGUCGAGCGUCAUGUAUGGCAACGGUCUCUCGCCAUUCGUGCAGACCGCGGACGCCUACGCCUGCGCGGCGGUGCGAUGGAUCGGCCACGGCCCGCUCUGCACCCCCACCGUGAGCCACCAGCUCCUCUGGUGCCUCGCCGCCGUCCUGCCGGAUGCAGCGCACGACUGGCUCCGCCUGCGCGCGCACCUGCGGCAGAGGACGGCGUUCCAGAGGAUCAGGGAGUCGAGGGUACCGUCAUCGUCGCCGUCGCGUGGGUGACUUUGUGGAGCCGGAUUGAGGACCGGUUUGAUUAGGUUGAACUUUUUUAUAAUUGU